GGGAAACGAAUAGAAUGGGAAGCACAGGGACAAGACAAGAUAAUAAAUGACAAAACAUGACAAUCAGAUACUCAUCAUGAGAGUUGGUGAGAGUGAGUGAGAGGAAGUGUGAACAGAGAGACAAAUGAUUGCGAAACUCCAUGUAUGCUGUAGUAGGCUAGAGUGGGAGGGUGUAUGUAGUGUAGUGGGGAGGUGAUCAUACUCAGUGCAUGGCCACUCUAUAAGAUGCUCAUUUGCAUUUGCCUCACUCUAUCUGACUGAUUGAAACUUAACACCAGAGGUAACUGUUCUCUCUCUGUCAAGAUUUAUUUUGCUUAAGACAAGUUUUGCUUUCUGUGACUGCUCUUUGGGGAGGUGGUCGUUUAUGUGAAGGAUUUCCACAUUUCUCAUAUCUGGAGGUCUUCUUCCACUACUGUGUGUCUUGUCUUUUCUGCUGACAAGACGACCUGAGGAGUCAUACUGUACAACCCACACUAGUGCUUGGUCUUGCUCUGGGAAAUCUCUCUGUGUCUCUCGUUGUGUGCCGGGACCCCUGGUGCGUGGACCUCGCUCAGGUACUACUUGACUACCUCUUGGAGGAUCCUUUUUCAGUUCCUUAUAUUCUCUGAUCGGAGAGAUCAUGGCUGAGGGUGGUGUCCCGUACCCCUCCGUGUUCAUGGUGGAUAGCCAUGCAGCCUACCCACCGCUGCCCCCCAAACCGAGACCUCCUGGUCGGGGUGGUGUGGCCCAAAGCCUGCUGUUCUUGCUGGUUGGUCUGGCUUUGUGUGGAUUGGCCAUAGAGGCCUGCUUCAUCUACCACCUCUACUCCAAACAGGGAUCUGCGGAGUCAGGGUCAGCUAGUAUGAGUAUCCAAGACCAUGAGGAAUUUCCGAAGGAGGUUCCCCCAACUUCAAGACCAAACCCUAUUGUGUUGCCUUCAAAACCUGUUGCACAUUUGACAGCUGGACCUCAAGCACCCCAUGGAGAUGGAGUCAUGGUAUGGAACAUGCAGGCAGAACCAAUCCUCCAUGAAAUGGAGUACAAAGCUGGGAAGCUUGUCAUCCAGAAGGAAGGCUACUACUACGUCUACUCUAAGAUCUUCUUCAGUGAGGUCGAUGUUGCGUUCACACACUCGGUCUGCAGAACUACUCCACGGUACCUUGGGAAGGACAUUGAACUCCUUAAGUCCAGGAGAUAUCACCCCAAGUUUGGGAAAAUGAUGUCCACAUCAAACAGCUACCUGGGAGGGGUGUUCCACCUCUUUGAAGAUGACUCCCUCUUUGUCAAAGUGAAAAAUGUCACUCAAGUUCGGAUACAAUAUUCCACAGAGAACGUGUUUGGUAUCUAUAUGAUAUAAUACGGGUUGAUGAUGAAGAUACUUUUUUUUAGAUAGCUGGCUGAUUAUCAUUGGUUUAAGGCAUAAUAAUACUGUAGGCCAAUUUACAUGUAAUAUUGCUACGCAGGGCCUUCCCCCUUCCCGGGCACACCCUCAUUUUCUUUAAACAAAUCCUUGCAUCAAGAUGCAUUUCGAUGAGUGGAAAAUGUACUGUUGAAGAAAAAGCCCCUUUAUAAUAUAUACUGUAAUAUCAUCGGUUACAGUAGGUUACUAAAUAAAACGUUGAGUGGCACACUGACUCACCUGAUGAUGAAGAUGAAGCCAUAGGCUUCUCACGGUGAGGGCUGAUGCGCUAGCUGUGGCAAUAGCCUAUCUCAAGAUGAGAUACUUUGAAAAAACAGUGCUGCUGUUUGCAAAAAAUUGGGAGUUGUUAAGAAUUUUUUUAAAUUGGUUCUAAAGACUGAUUAGUCUUCUCUUUUCACCAGUAGGCAUUUGUUUUCCAAACAGUGUGUUUUUUCCACAAUUUCAUUUUGAAAUCUACAAUCCAUAGAUCCAUAGCUGGCAGUUCCCAUUCAAGUCUGAACUGGCAUCCAUUGCUAGUGUAACCAUGAGUUUAACAGUCAAAUUCCCAGGGUAAGAGGUUACAAAACACUUCAAUGGAGUAUAUAUCUAUGGCCAAAAAGCAAGAAGCUGUAGCCUAUUUGGGGCGCAUUACCUUCCUGACUGUAGGCAUACCAGUAACUGCCAAAAUAAAGGAAACACAUGAGUAACCAAGGGAUACAGUAUGUUAUGGUAUGGGGUGCAUUUUCCUGGCAUGGUUUAUAUCCACAUGUAUAAUCUAAGGAGCAUUGAAGCUGUUCUGGCAGCUCAUGGUGGCAGCACCCUUUUAAGACACUUUUUGUUGGUGUUUGCUUAAUUUUGGAAGACAUCUGUAUGUGCUUGUGAUAAAACUUAAUUAACAGGUUUUUUUUAAAUAAACGAUUUAUCCUCUGUGGCUGAA